AGAGGGGGGAGGACGUAGCUGAGGGGAGCCCCGUAGGACCGGGAUGUGAGGUAUUUGAAGGGAAGCAGAGGCGUCUGUCUGUGGUCGGGGUGCCCGCGGGGUCGGUGCCCAGGUGAAGAGUCUGUAGAGGUGACGCCCUUGUCCGGACUGUCAGGCUAUGCGGUGCUGCGGGUCACCCCGCUUGUAAGAAGUGCCGGAGGCAUUGAAGAUGAUCGUGGAGUCAGGUUCAGGUUGGGGAUUUAAUACGCGGGUCAGUGAUGUUGGGCUGGCGCGGGUGUCCACGCCUGGGAGUGUCUGGCCUGCGUUUCCGAUGAAGAAGGAAGUGUGAGCAGAGUCCGCGGUCCCGAGAGGCUGGCGACGGGGAAGUUUGGCACGAGCAGGAUCCCUGGUUGUAACUCCCCAGUGUGGACCUAAAGGGGACCGCAUACGAAACCUAGCAAACUCAGAGGGGCCUGUAUGGAGAGCCUUACAAACUCAGAGGCCCAAACAACACAUUGGAUGAUUCCUCAGGGCACAAUCUCCAACCAGAGCAAGAGACCACAGAGUCCCUCAAUGGUAUUGCUGUCAUGUUAAUUCCUAAGUGUUAUUAUCCUAUUUCCACCUACGCAGAGGCACUUGUCUUCGCUUUGGCUCAAAUAAACUCAUAAAAAUUCUUUACAAGUUUGGACGUAUCUAUGACGGCACCAGGAACAAUUGAAUCAUGUGAAGCAGGAGGAGGCUGCAGGGUUAGUAUCAGCAUUUCCGCGACACCCCUGACUGCAGACGGAUUUCUGUACAGAAACACAGAGCAGACCCCAAAGACACCCAGACAGAGCCUCCCUGUUGCCAGCUCUAUUCAGAGAACAGAAGGAAAUGCUCUAGGCUCAGGUCAUGUACAGGAAGUCACGCCCUUACACAGCAUGGAGUUGUUACCGGAAUCCCUGACAUUUCACGAUGUGGCCGUGGACUUCACCUGGGAGGAGUGGCAGCUCCUGGACCCUGAGCAGAAGGACCUGUACAGGGACGUGAUGUUGGAGACCUACAGCCACCUGGUGUCAGUGGCAGGGUAUCAAGCCAGCAAACCAGACGCGCUCUCCAAGUUGGAACAAGGGGAAGAGCCGUGGACAGUACAGCGUGGACGCCACUGUCGAGUCUCUCCAGAAUUCAAGAAAGUUGCUGAUCCUCUGAAUUGUCACUUGCAAAGUCGAAGCCUUCAGAAGAAUCUAGGACUAUGCUGUGAAUAUAAUAUGUUUGCAAAUAUUUUUCAUCAGAAUGACGGUCAUUUCCUAUUAAAGCAAAAUCAUGGUAUGUUUGACAUUCGUGAAAAACCUUUAAAAUCUAAUUUACAUUUUGAAAACCAAAACAGAAGCUGUCACUUAACUAACUCUGUUGAGUUGAAUGGCAAUGGGACAUGCAUUCUACAUGCUAACAAUGAACAAACUGAAAUGAAAUUUCCUGUUAGUAUGAAAAACAGCAAUAAUGAUUCACCUGUUAAUAAGCAACAGAGAAGUCACAACACAGAGAAACCCCAUGUGUGCACUGAAUGUGGGAACGCCUUCAUGAAAAGGUCUCAGCUCACUGAUCACCAGAGAGUUCAUACUAGGGAGAAACCUUAUGGGUGCAGUCUGUGUGGGAAAGCCUUUGCCAGAAAAUCCAAGCUCACUAAACAUCAGAAAAUUCAUACACGACUGAAACAAUAUGAAUGCACUGAAUGUGACAAAACCUUCCUCAAUAAAUCACAGUUCAAUAUACAUCAGAAAACUCACCUGGGGGAGAAACCAUAUACCUGUAGUGAAUGUGGGAAAGUGUUCAUAAAAAAGUGGCAGCUCAUUUAUCAUCAGCAAACUCAUACAGGGGAGAAACCCCAUGGAUGCAGUCUAUGUGGGAAGUCCUUUUCUACAAAGUCUUAUCUCACUAAACAUCAGAAAACUCAUACAGGAGAGAAACCUUAUAUAUGCAAUGAAUGUGGCAAAGGCUUCAUUGUCAAGUGUCGUCUUAUUGCACAUCGUCGAACUCAUACUGGAGAGAAACCGUUUAUAUGCAAUGAAUGUGGGAAAGGCUUCACCUUGAUGAACAGUCUUACCACACAUCAGCGAACUCAUACAGGAGAGAAACCCUAUACAUGUAAUGAGUGUGGAAAGGGCUUCACCAGGAAGAGUCUUCUCAUCAAACAUCGGCGAACACAUACGGGGGAGAAGCAAUAUGUGUGUAGUGUAUGUGGAAAAGGCUUCACCAUAAAGAGUAAUCUCACUGUUCAUCAGCGAACUCAUACUUUAGAGAAACCAUUUAUUUGCAAUCAAUGUGGGAAAGGCUUCACUGGGAAGAGUUACCUGAUUGUACAUCAGCGAACUCACACAGGAGAGAAACCCUAUGUAUGCAGUGAAUGUGGAAAAGGCUUUCCAGGAAAGAUGCAGCUCAUUUUACAUCAACGGACUCAUACGGGAGAGAGACCUUAUGUAUGCAGUGAAUGUGGAAAAGGUUUCAAAGCGCACAGCCAUCUCAUCAGACAUCUGCAAACACAUACAACAGAGAAACCAUUUGUUUGUAGUGAAUGUGGAAAAGGCUUUACCAUGAAGACUAAUCUCACUGUACAUCAGCUAAGUCACACUUCAGAGAAGCCGUAUAUGUGCAGUGAAUGUGGGAAAGGCUUUGCCGUGAAGAGUCGUCUUAUUGUACAUCAGGGAAUUCACACGGGAGAGAAACCCUACUUGUGCACUGUAUGUGGAAAAGGCUUCCCAGCAAAAAGCAAGCUGAUUGCACAUCAACGGAUUCAUACAGGAGAGAAACCUUAUAUAUGUAGUGAAUGUGGGAAGGGCUUCACCGAGAAGUUUAAUCUAAUCAGACAUCAGCGAAAACAUACAGAAGAGAAACCCUUUGUAGUGUAUGUGGAAAAGGCUUCACCAUGAAGAGAAACCCUGUGAAUGUAAUGAAUGUAGGGAAGCCUUCAUGACAAAUUCAGGACUCAAUGAGGAGAGAAGUCGAAUGGGUGCAGCAAUUAUGGGAAAGAUUUUGCCCACUUGUCAAUCCUUGUUAAACAAGAGAAUUUACAGAUAGUUGCUUUGGGGAAAUCCCUUUUUGAGUUCUAGGCCCUCAAGAAGAUAGUAUGCAAUGAAAAUGACUUAAUGCAAAGAACCUGGUACUGUGUUUACUGAUCAAUUAUGUCAUUAUCUCUUGAUAAAAAAUUACAAAAUAACUCAGAUACAAUCAGCCUUGCUGAAAAUAUUUUAGGACAUUAUAUAUCUAAAGAGUGUUUAUUGAGACAAAUCCCAUGAGUGUAACAUUGGGAAAUCCUUUUGUGGUAAGUAAACCCUAGCAUAUGUAAUCAUCAGAGAUUAUGAAUUAAUAAAUAUUUCUAAUUAUGGGAAAGCAUCUGUCCAAAAGUAAAACUUCAGUAGAUGUCAGUUCACACUAGAAAACAGUUUUGUCUUGCAAUGCAUAUGGCAUCAUUUACAGUAAUUUAUGUUACCUCGUCAUUUGCCAGCAAAUCCUUGCUGAAAUAUCACAUGAACACAUUCAAUUUAGUGGUCUUUAGCAAAAGCUUAGGUAAUGUAAUGAAGGAAAGAAGGCUUGAAUGAAAAAGCAUUGUGUCACAAGUCUUAGCAGAUAGUACACCUCACAGGCAGUUGGGGGCAGUAUACCUUCACCAUAUUUCUAGUUACCUUGCCAUUGAGUUAAGCUUUAAAUAGUGGCAGUUACUCUCUUUAUGGAUCAAAUUUCAAUAUACGCAACAUAAAAGUGUUCUAUGCCUGUUUCAUGAUGUAAUUAACUCUUGCAAUUCUUUCAUUCCAACUUAAAGAUUGGUUAGUAUACAAAAUACCUGAUUAGUACUCCUCAAAAAAAUUGAGGACAUAAAAAAGAAAAAUACCAAGAAAUGGUCACAGAACAGAGAAAAUGUAGGAAACAUGAUGUUUGAAAACUAUUGUAUUUGGGGUUGAAUCUUGGGACAAGAAAAAAAUGGUAGAAGAAAAACUUGUCAAAUCUGAGUAGGAUCUAUAGUUUGGUUGCGUAUUAUACCAAUGUUAAUUUAUCAAUUUCAUAAAUAUACCAUGGUUAUAUAAGAUGUUCAGAUAGCAGGAAUUUGAAUGAAGGUAUAUGUGAACUCUUUGUAGUAGUACCUUUUGACUUUUGUAUAAAUAUAAAAUCUUCCCGAAGUAAAAAGUUUAUUAAAAGUAGAUCUAGCCCUAGCCGGUUUGGCUCAGUGCAUAGAGCGUCAGCCUACGGACUGAAUGAUCCUA